UUACGUAACAUCAAUAGUUUAGUGGUUGUAUUUUCAUGUGUUUAUGUGGGCGUUAAUUGAUUUUUGAAGUUAAAAUAUGCCGGGUUUUCAGACAUGUGGACCGAACGAAGCACUUGUAGUUUCAGGUUGCUGCCUUGGAGAUCCAUUGAUAAUACCUGGUGGCAGGGUUUUUGUAUGGCCUAUAAUUCAACAAGUUCAGAGAAUUUCUCUCAAUGUUAUUACUCUAACGAUUGAAAGCCAUAAAGUCUACACUCAACAAGGUGUUCCUAUCUCAGUAACUGGAAUUGCUCAGGUUAAAGUUCAAGGCCAGAAUAUGGAAAUGUUGAGAUCAGCAUGUCAACAGUUCUUGGGAAAAAGUGAGUCGGAAGUCAUGCGCAUUGCCUUGGAAACAUUAGAAGGACAUCAGCGAGCUAUAAUGGGUCAAAUGAGUGUUGAGGAAAUAUAUAAGGAUCGAAAGAAAUUCUCCACAAACGUUUUUGAAGUUGCAUCGUCUGACCUACUGAAUAUGGGUAUUACUGUCGUGUCGUACACUAUUAAAGACAUCAGUGAUGAUCAGGGUUACCUUAAAGCUUUAGGGAUGGCACGGACGGCUGAAGUGAAGCGAGAUGCUCGUAUUGGUGAGGCUGAAGCCAAAAGGGACUCUCAAAUUAGUAAUGCUCUAGCUGAAGAGGAACGGCUGGCUUCUCGGUACUUAAACGAUACUGAAAUAGCGAAAGCCCAGAGAGACUUCGAACUGAAGAAAGCAACGUAUGAUUUGGAAAUAAACACAACGAAAGCAGAAGCAGACAUGGCCUACAGUCUGCAAGCGGCCAAGACUCGCCAACAUAUUAUGGAAGAGCAGAUGCAGGUGAUGGUAGUGGAGCGAACCCAACAGAUCCAAGUACAAGAGCAGGAAAUUCUUCGCAAGAAAAAAGAGCUUGAUGCCACAGUGCAACGUCCUGCCGCGGCUGAAAAGUUUAGGCUAGAAAAACUAGCUGAAGCCAACAAAAACCGUGUCAUCCUGGAGGCAGAAGCUGAAGCUGAAGCAGUUCGACUGAAAGGUGAAGCUGAAGCAUUCUCCAUCGAAGCCAAGGCCAAGGCUGAAGCCGAACAAAUGGCCAAGAAGGCUGAUGCUUUUAAGGAAUACAACAAAGCUGCUAUGAUUGAUAUGAUGUUGGAAACGCUCCCUAAGGUGGCUGCAGAAGUUGCGACACCGCUUACGCAGUGUAAACGAGUUGUCAUGGUAUCUGGAGAUGGAGGAGAUGUUGGUGCAAGUAAACUGACUGGUGAGGUGCUGGAUAUUAUAAACAGGGUUCCUGAAACUGUGGAAAAGCUUACUGGUGUCAACAUUGCUAAUUCUUUGAAGAUAGCACAAGCUACAUUUUACUGAACAGAAGCCAUUAUAGCUUCCAGCAGAUAGAAAUAUACCAGUUGUGAGUCUGAUGCUUUAUCCAAUGAUUUUAACUGUCUUAUAAAAAUGAACCUGUUCUAAAUUAGCUUUAAUUGAUUGAUCAAUAUCUAUUGAACAUUGUGUUUGUAUGCAUCUUAGAGAUUCUUUAAAGUACAUUUUUAAAAGUCAAUUUAAAUAAGUAAUAACUAUUUUCUUCAGUUUAGAAACAAAAGUAUUUGUAUAUUUGUCAGUUUAGAAGAACAGAGGUUUUUUUACGUAUGUCAAGAGAGAAAUUUAGACUUUUUUAUCAAUGAAAGGAUUUUCUGUAUUUUUGAUGAAUCGUACAUUUCUGCUGGUAUCUGAUAUUCUAAUGUUAAAUUAUGUACUUAAUUUGUGUUGUUUUUUUUUGUGUAUCAGUUUAACACUGAUUAUAGUUAAUUACGCUUGUCAUAAGACGUUAGUAUUAGGCCUAAAAUAUUUUAAACACUUCAUUCUUUACGUGGCCCCUUUGGGUUUUUCACGAAUAAAAAUAAUGUAUAAUACAAUUUCAACUCCACUAUCGUACACUUUUCUAAAGAACUAAAUAAAGAAUGUAGUGUUCAAAAGUAUAUUAGGCCUAAAACUACUGCUCGAAGUUAACAUUUUUAAACACGAUUAGAUUUCUCCGUAUUUGAGAUUUAAACAACUAUUUAAUCAUUGAUAAAACUGAAAGAUUUCAAAUAUGAAUUUUAUGAUAACUUUGUAGCACGUGAGAACGUGUUUGCUUAUUUUUUGUAUUGUUAAUGUAAAUUUUUUUAGAAAAUGUAUGUUGUUUUUUUUUCAGACACCAAUUGAAAUUGAAAUGAUCACAUAUUUUAACUCUUACAAAUUUUUUUCAUAUGUACAAAAUGUUAUAUUAAUAUAAUCAUGUGUCUUUUUUUAAUUAUAUGUUAAAUAUAUUCCCAUGUCUAGAAUUUUUAAAUUUAAAUUAGCAUUCUCUUUAAUGUCGAAAUUAACAAGAAGGAUAAUUGAAUGUACGUCAAGAAAUACAGUGUAAACUUAAUAUACAAUUGUUGAAUCUUGAUCAAGUUCUAUUGUAUGUUGUUAAAUUAUUAGCUUAUAUAUUCAUCAAAUGAAUAGUUUGGCUUCACACUGAUGUUAAUUAACUUAGCUAAAGCUAUUAGGUUGUACAUUAAUCAGUCUUGUAUCAUUUUGUUCACCUUUUUUUUGUUUGCACUUACUUGGUCAAUACUUGGUUUGUAAGUCUGUUAAUACUGCACCUUAAGAUUGUCUAACUCCAGUAUCAUUAAGUUUGGGUCUUAAUAUCAAGUUUAUAGAUGUAAGUCAUUUUAAUUUAGACUUCCGGCAUUCAAAAUUGGCUACGUAUAUUAAUUUUUAGAGGUUAGCAUUACAGUUUCACUUACAAGAAAUAACCUAGUAGAUGAUACAAAUCGGUUUUAAGAUUAGCAUAAAAGGACACUGAGUUAUCUGUGACUAACAAAGACAAAACUCUAAAAU